AAAACUCAAUAACAUUGCUGCAACUCAAUAAACUUCACAGUGUACCUUUAAUUUCCGGCAAGGAAGUAAAGUAGUACGGAUGAGUGUUUCCACGGCAACUGAUAAACAUACCCCUAAGAAGCCGCUGUCCUCUCUCAGACGAAAAACGGUGCAACAGAAAGAAUGAAUACAUAUAAUCCAGCUGUGCGAAUAGGGAACUGGAACGAAGAUGUUAGCUUGUCAGAGGAUUUACUUAAAGAUUUUCUAGCAAAGAAAGAAAGAGGCGAACUUCUUAUACAGAAAACAAGUUAUCUGAAAAAGAACUUGUUGCAAAAGGUCAAUUUGUCUGUCAGCAAUGAUGGGUUUGUUCACUUUGGUGAUACCAUAAUGCUUGUAAAUCCUGGUAAUGAGAAGGUCCAUCUGGAUAGCACUGAUCCUCCUCAUGGCCCUUUAAGCUUGGCAAUCAAUCCUGAGGAAAGUAAAGUCCAUACAUGUUCAUCAAUAGAGGCUCCUUGUGGUAUCAGUGCAAUUCAAAACCUAGAACCUUCUGUCAGGAAUACUUUUGUAAUUACCAGUGUUGAUGGAACCGCACUGGGAAAGCCCCUUCUGUAUGGUCAGAAUUUUGCUCUACGGACAACUGAAGGCUUUGCUGGCCAGCUGUAUCUGGCAAGUGAUCAUAAGACAUUUUUGAAGAAUGCAAAAAAGUCACGCCUGCAAGAGAUCAACUUGACUAACCAGUAUUCAUACCUUACACAUUGGCAAGUGCUAUAUAUUGAUCCACAGUUCCGCAUGGAGUAUGAAGGUUAUCCUGUACAUGCAAAUGCAAACAUCAUUUUUGAUCAUUGUAAAACAAAUCAGUGUUUGGCGGUCUUUAGCAACUAUGUCUUAUGGACUCCUUAUGGGAAAGAAUACGAAGUUGCUGUUCACACACUCCUAGAUUCACAUAAAGCUGAGCGAGAUGUUAACCACUGGCUUCUAGUUACUGGUAGUCCUUCUGGGGAAACGACUAUAGUUAACAAACCUGGAUCAUAGCAUGAAAAUUAUGUGAUGAAUAUCAAGGAAAUAAUUACAAAAGUAACAGAAGCGUACAGAAAAAAGAAUGAUAAUAAAUAUUUUAAUGUCUUAUGAACCUUCAUCGUAUUACUGUAUUUUUAAAGACCAGCAUUACAGACAUAUAAUAAAAACCCAGACUAUCUCA